AUGGAGAUGAAAAUGAAGCAACACAAAUUCUCGGCGAUGUAUCUGGCGCAAUCAGAGAAAAGGCGAAGCGCUUUUAAAGAUGUUAAGACGGGUAAACCUCUGAAUAAUUGGAUGUGUGCUAAUGUUCAGUGCGAACUGCAACUUAUGGAUCGUUUCAUGGGUAUCACUUCGUGUGCCGAUCUGGUUGAUCCACUUCGCCGAUCACUGGUGCCAUCCUUUUUGCAUACCUGGCCAGCAUUUGUAGGAUUUCCACCACCAGUAUUGAGUGUUUCUCAAGGAUCAGUUACCGAUAUGCUUUUACGACCUUGUUCUCGAGUAUCGGAAUCAACGAGUGGUUGUGAAGCAUCUGCAAGUGAUGAGCAUAUUUCAUCAGAAUUGGUUGCUGAUGAAGUCGAUGAAAUUGUCGGAAAGGAAGUGACACAACAGUUACAGCAACAUGAUGAUACAGCAGUAAUUGAUGAAGGAAUUGUAAAAUUUGAUUCUGUACCCUUUAUCGAAAGUGGUGAUUUGAAAACGAAAUCAAUAACUCAGACACCGAAAAGUAACGGCAAGAGACGAGUGCAGUGUUUGAAAUGUUUUAAAACAUUCUGUGAUAAAGGGGCACUGAAGAUACACAACAGUGCAGUACAUUUGAAAGAAAUGCAUAAAUGUACAGUGGAAGGAUGUGAAAUGAUGUUUUCAUCAAGACGUAGCAGAAAUCGACAUUCAGCUAAUCCUAAUCCAAAGCUACACACUUCCGCUACACAACGACAAUUCGAUUCAUUCAGUGGUGAUAAUUCGCGUGAUAGUUCUGUUCCAAAAAUGGAUAAUCUUCUAUAUUUUGCCGGUUCAUCAGAAACAGGCAUAAGUGGUCAUUCUCCACUUUCGCAAAGCAAUAGUGAUACUUCCACAUCAACACGACUAAAAUUAACUCCAGAGAAGAAUUCCCAUUUUGGGACGCGUAAACGCAAGUGUGAUAGGCCGGUUAAGUUAGCUGUUGCUGAUGGAAUAACUCAUACGAAACGAGAACCAUGCAAUUCUGCUGUAACAGGAGUAGUACCAUCAGAAUAUAGUGAAACAUCGUCAACUGCACCACUUGAUCUUACGAGUGGAAAAGCAGAUCCGAAACAGCUUUCUAAUGCUGUUAUGGUUGAAUCUACCAGUGUACCUCCAACAUUAUUUGCACCCGCAGCAGCAGCAGCAGUAGCAUCAAAUUCAGCCAUGUUAACGCCGAUUACAGAAAUGGUACGAAUAUUACAACAAGCUCAUAUGUUCAGUUCACAGCGACAUAAUAGUAGUGGUAUUCAACGUGGCUUUAGCUUGCUGCAGCUCAUGCAGGAACAAGCUAAUGUUGGAAAAUGA